CAAGGCUGAACCAAAAAAAAAGAAAAAAAAAAGAAGCCCACUCCUCCACUCCACCGGUGGGAGACACACAAACACACACACACACACACGCACACACCAGAUGAGAUUUGUUUCCAAACGCGCACCGAUGGCGGUGUGAAGCGUUUGGCUGAGAAGUACGCAAGGCGCUGUGGAUUAGUGAAACCUUUUUUUGUUUGCAUCUUCUUCCUGUCUGGAUCCUGGUCGAGAGGGAAAUAAACAAAGCUAUGGAUUACUCAGUCUGCUUACUUUUACUCCUGUCAACCAUUUCGUCUGUGUCGACCGGACAAUUCCCCACAGCGCAGAUGGUAAAGGAAUGGGUGGACCAGAUGCAAAAAGAGUUGAUCACAUUGACAGACACAGCCAGUGGAAUGGAGAACCUAAUACAGAUAUAUCAUAAACACAGACCUCACUUCAGCAUUGAGACCAACAACGCAACGAACCUGGUUGCCACAGCUGCUGGGAAUAUAGAGAAACUGCUGGCUAACCGCUCCCAAGCUCUGAGGAGGCUGGCAACAGAAGCAGAAAAGUUCCAAAUGGAGCACGUGUGGAGGGACGACAGCGAGAUCGACAAGAUUGUUUACUACAAUGCCAAAGAUGAUCUUAAUCAGACAGAAGAAGUAAAAGGAAGGAAGAACCGAUAUCUUCCAGAUGAUUUCGAGGUAGAUCCGGACUUCAAACGACUCGUCUCGUACAACACCACCGCCGUCCACAUCCCUACGGAUAUUUACGAAGGCUCCACCAUCAUUUUAAACGAGCUAAAUUGGACGGAGGCCUUGGAGGAGAUUUUCCGGAAAAACAAAGAGGAAGACCCUUCCCUCCUCUGGCAGGUGUUUGGCUCUGCUACCGGAUUGGCUCGGUACUUCCCAGCAUCCCCUUGGAUGGACUCGAGCAAUUCAGCCAAUAAGAUCGACCUCUACGAUGUGCGCAGGCGACCGUGGUAUAUUCAAGGGGCAGCAUCACCUAAGGACAUGUUGAUCCUGGUGGAUGCGAGUGGCAGUGUAUCUGGUCUCACCCUCAAUCUCAUCCAAACGUCCGUCAGCAAGAUGUUGGAGACCCUUUCUGAUGACGACUUCGUGAACGUGGUCUACUUCAAUGACAAGGCAUCGUAUGUGUCGUGCUUUGAGAACCUGGUGCAGGCCAACGUCCGCAACAAGAGGAUGCUGAAGGAUGCCGUGCAGAGCAUUACAGCCAAGGGUACCACCAACUACAGAGGCGGUUUCGAGCUGGCCUUCGAGCAGCUCGCACAGAUGAAUGUGUCAAGGGCAAACUGUAACAAAAUUAUCAUGCUGUUCACUGACGGAGGUGAAGAGAGGGCAGAAGAGAUCUUUAAAAAAUACAACCAAGACAAAGUGGUGCGCAUCUUUACAUUUUCAGUAGGUCAACACAACUAUGAUAAAGGACCAAUACAGUGGAUGGCCUGCACUAAUAAAGGGUACUACUAUGAGAUCCCAUCUAUAGGUGCCAUCCGGAUCAACACCCAGGAGUACCUGGAUGUCUUAGGCAGGCCUAUGGUCAAGGCUGACAAAAAAGCCAAGCAGGUUCAGUGGACCAACGUCUACCUCGAUGCUUUGGAACUCGGCCUGGUGAUUACUGGAACUCUGCCCGUCUUCAACAAAACCAACACAGGCUCAAAGAAAUCUCAAAACCAGCUCAUCUUGGGGGUUAUGGCUAUUGAUGUCUCCCUGGAAGAUAUCAAGAGAAUGACGCCUCGCUUUACUUUUGGACCAAAUGGCUACUACUUUGCCAUUGACCCCAAUGGAUACGUGCUGCUCCACCCUAAUCUCCAACCACUGACUGCCAAGUUUCAUGAACCUGUUACACUGGACUUCCUGGAUGCAGAGCUGGAGAAUGAGAUCAAAGUGGAGAUAAGGAAGAAAAUGAUAGAUGGCAAAACAGGGAGUCACACAAUAUCAACAUUGGUGAAAUCACAAGAUGAGCGCUACAUCGACACCAGCCAGAGGACUUACACCUUUGCACCAGUGAAGGGCACAGAUUACAGCCUGGCCCUGGUGCUUCCUGAAGACAGUUUGCAUUACAUCCGGGCCAACCUCGCCGACACCAUCACCCAGGCAAAAUUUUCUGAAAGCCUGAUGGCGGACAAGUUUGAUGAAUAUGGCUAUACAUUCAUUGCACCGAGGAUGUACUGCAAGGACUUAAAGCCACCUGACAAGAACAAAAACAACACAGAGUUCCUCGUUGAGUUCAACAAUUACAUUGACACAAAGACUCCAAACAACCCCAUGUGUAAUGUGGAACUGGUAAACCGAUUGCUGCUGGAUGCUGGGAUCACUUCAACUCUGAUCAAGCAUUGGAAAGGAACCGAUUUGCAGCCUGGUGUUGUUGCUAGAUUUGUUGCCACCGAUGGGGGGAUCACCCGAGUCUUCCCGAAAAGUGCUGGGCUCGACUGGGAAGAAGAAGCAGAGACGUAUGAGUCAAGCUUCUAUAAGAGAAGUUUGGACAAUGAUCUGUACAUCUUCACUCCAACACCCUACCUCAGUAGAGAGAACUCAAGUGAUGACACAGUCCUGGUGAGCAAAGCAGUAAACCUCAAUGUUGAUGGUAUUGCACUCAAACCAGCUGUUGUCGGCAUAAAGUUGGACAUUAGUAUGUGGAUGACGAGCUUCAUCAACACCACACAGAAGGUCAAUUGUAAUGAUGAGAUAUGUGGCUGUCAGCGAAACGAUGUGUAUGUAGACUGUGUCCUUCUCGAUGACGGGGGCUUCUUGGUGAUGUCCAAUCGGGAUGAACAUAUUGAUCAGAUCGGGCGCUUCUUUGGUGGUAUGGACCCGAUCCUCAUGGUUAACCUGGUCAACUCGUCCCUGUUCACUUUUAAGAAGACCUUCGACUACCAGUCGCUCUGUGACCCCGAGAAAAAGAGCAAGGCGGCUGCAGGCCUGCGAUCUGUCUAUGUGCCCACCAUUGCAGAUAUUUUGAAUUUGGGGUGGUUUGCUACAGCUGCAGCGUGGUCAAUACUGCAACAGUUACUGGUCAGCUUCACAUUGCCCAAUUUCCUGGACGCAGCCGAGAUAGAUGAGGAACUGUCAGACGCCAUGCUGAAAGAGGUCUGCAUCACAGAGCAAACUCAAUACUACUUUGAGACCAACAACCUGUCCUUCAGAGGGACAAUCGACUGUGAAAACUGCACCAGGCUCUACCACGCUGAAAAGCUGCCCAACACAAACCUGGUCUUCAUCAUCGCUGAUGCAAAACUCACCUGCUCGUCAUGUGACACAAAGCCGUUAAUACAGGACGAGCAGCAGUCUAACGGUCCUGAUCCCUGUGUAAUGGCUCAGAAUCCUCGGUACAGGAAAGGGCCCGCGGCCUGUUUUGAAAGCAACAAACACGAGGAGGACCCUGACUGUGGUGGGGCGUCCAGCCUGAGCCCCUCACUGUGGCUGAUGGUGGCCCUUCAGCUGGUUCUGCUCUGGGUUUUGACUGGCUCCAGACCCCAAGCCAUCCCGUCAUGACCUCUGAAAAAUCCUCAUCACUCCCUCUCUCCGUCUCUCUCCAUCUUCAAAUACGGCAACCAGCAUGCAGCGCUGACACCGAAAUGACAAACGCCCGUUGAGAAGCACUUGUACCAAACAAACAAAAACCUGUGAGCGCUAUAUCCUGCCAGUUUCUCCUUUUGAUACCUUAAUUUUUAGGGGUUUCUUAAAGUAAUUUUCCCAGGUGCAAGUGACGAAAGAAAUGUUUAUUUGAAAGAUAUCCAUUAGAAAGAUAAGAAAGAACUCAACCUCCGCCUAUCCUUCAUCUUUUCAAUGGUCCCCACCAGCUGAGAUUAAUUUUGAUUGGCGACUUCUGAACUUCCUUUGGCUUGAUGUCACGGAUGAAAGAGAUUGUACUGCCUUAAAGUAUCGGAGGGAUUUCAAUCACGAUGCGGGAGACUUGCUGUUUAUUAAAGAGGUUGAGCAGUUGUAUUCACCACUGCCAGAUACAGCACUGCCUUUUGUGAGCGUGCAAUUUAUUUUGAAUCAAUUUGCAGUGGUUAGUUUUUAGGUAUUUAUUGUUUUGUGGUUGAGAAUUUGGCUGAGAUUGGCAGAACGAAAUGCCAAAUUGUUACAUCGCAACCUCAUGUCCUUCAUUUGCCUCCAAUGGGUUGCUGAUAAUAAUGUUGUCCCAGUCUGAUUCUUUGUCAAUAGCACUACGCAGAACAUGUCUCUGAGGGUUUGAAAGAUGCAUCAACUGUACUUUGGCCCCAUGGCUCUUUCAUGUAGAUACUGUAUUUGCAGUGUGGAAAUCAUUGUUCCGUGUUAUUUUAAUGCACAUAAACCAACCCUUAAACUGCCACAGAGGGUCUGCCUCUGAGUGUACAGGUUUUAAACAUUAUAGCUGAUCUACUAAUCUUCAACCCCGAUUAAGAGUAGUAAAUUAUCUUGAAUUUCCACCUUGGUGUUGGAUUGAUCCAAUGAAAACUUUGUUGCCAUAGUGCACAUUAACCAAUCAGGGUGAGCCUGGCUGGUGUCCUAUGCAUGCUCAGUGGACAAAGUCUCUAGUGCCAUGUGGCCUGUGUUACAGAUUAAUCCCUCAGCUUUGUAGACAGUGGCUACUGAAUUGAAAGAAUUAAGAUUUAUUUGUUUUAUUAUUUAUUUGAAUGAAGCGUCUGGACAGUAUGUAACCGUUUCCUUUACUCCCUACACUAAAGAAGGUGAGUUAAAGGGAAAACGAGAAUUUGUAUUUUACAAAAAAAAAAACGUUUGUUUGUAUUCACUGCUGUCACUUUUUAAAUUAAAUGACUACUAUCUGCACUGCUAUUCAAAGUGCAGCUGUUAUUUUACAGUCUUUACAGUUUGGUCCUUCCUGAAAAACAACUUCUAUAUCAGUGUAGAAGUGAGGUUCGUCUUGAUUUUUUGUUUUACUGUGGUAUGAUACCACCCGAUACAUCACUGCAGUCAAUCCAUGCUUUUGAUUGUCUCUACUGCUGUAUUUCAUAUCUUCUUUUCUCUUCAAUAUAAGUUCAUCAUGUUUCA